GAUAUUUUUUGUGAGUGUUUUAUCUUGUUGAAGUUGCUGGGUUGAUACUCAAAUAAUGGGUGUUGAAAUCUGUGUUAAGGCUGCUGUUGGUGCACCUAAUGUUCUUGGAGACUGUCCCUUUAGCCAAAGGGCACUUCUGACAUUGGAGGAAAAGAAAGUGCCUUACAAGAUGAUCUUGAUCAAUGUUAGUGACAAGCCCAAAUGGUUCUUGGAGGUGAACCCAGAAGGGAAAGUUCCGGUGAUCAAUUUUGGUGACAAAUGGAUCCCUGAUUCCGAUGUCAUUGUUGCGCUUCUUGAAGAGAAAUACCCAAAUCCCUCUCUCGUUACUCCCCCUGAAUUUGCCUCUGUGGGCUCGAAAAUAUUUCCUACGUUCGUCUCAUUUCUGAAGAGCAAGGAUUCUAGUGACGGUACCGAGCAAGCUCUGCUAGAUGAAUUAAACGCUUUGGAAGAGCAUCUCAAGGCUCAUGGACCAUAUGUCAACGGGCAGAAUAUUUGUUCAGUUGAUUUGAGCUUGGCCCCAAAACUGUACCAUCUCCAGGUGGCUCUUGGCCACUUCAAGAAGUGGAGUGUGCCUGAAAGCUUGAGUCACGUGCAUAAUUACAUGAAGUUGCUCUUCGAGCGUGAGUCUUUCCAGAAAACCAAGGCUGCAGAAGAGUAUGUCAUCGCCGGGUGGGCUCCUAAGGUCAAUCCAUGAACCGACCCAAAACUAUAACCUCGCGUUCUCUCGGGUACUUACUUGUUAGCAGUCCGAUGGGCGCAGUAUUAUGAAUGUAAUCUAUAGUAAGACCUAAAAAAUCGUGGUCGGUGGAUCGAUCUUCCUAGUUCUGUUCCCUUCUGUCUAAUAAAAUGAGUUAUGUUCUGAAACUCGUAUUAUCUAAUGUAAUGUGUUGGUUGUUAGUCUUUUGCUU